AUGUAAGAUAAACGACUGAGAGUGCAUAUUAAUGGAAUAUAAUGGGCUGAAAUAGCACUUAGCACCACCUAAGUCUUUAAUAAUUCAGACUAUUGCAUAGUUGGAAACAGUUUGUCAAUUAACUCACCAUUUAGUGGUAAUAUGAGGCAUUUGAUUUACUAAAAUUUCGGUUAUAAUGCUUCUUUUGACAUUACUUAAAGAGCAAAGUCAAUGAUUUCUCCUAAUGAUACAACUAUACUUGCUUAUUUUAGAUUUGGAAAGUAUUUUAACUUUUAAGAAGAUUAUAAAUAUAACAUUACUAGAAAUUUCACCUAACAAAACGUAAGAAUAGACUAUUCUAAUGAGAUUGAAACAGUUUGCUAUUGUACAAGGCCAUCUCCUUCAUUUUUGAGAGUUUAAAAUUCUUUUAAACUUAAGAUUUUAGAUAUGUCCCCCUUUACUGCAGGUCUUGAUCCAAAUGAUAAAGUUACAUUAUACGUAGAUGAUAUUGCUAUUUAGACUUUAUCUCACUCAGUAAUACUACCCACUAGAAAGCCCUUAAAAUUAUCAAUCAUGCCCUAAGUCAAUGUCACCUUUUCAACAUUCACCCAGAAUCUGAUUUUUCCAAGUUUCCAAUAAAACAAUAUGACCUCUGGAAAAUUGGUUUUCGAAGCAAAUAAUCAAAUGUGCUCACUGAAAGAUAUGUAUAAUUCUUCACAAUUUGUUUAUGGCAAUUCAUGCAAGACUAAUAGAUAUGCAACGAAUUUUACCAAUCAAAUACAAUCUACUAGUCUAACUGCCUAAUUGAAAUCACUAAUGCAAAACAUGACCAUAGAAUUGUGGAUUAAAGAUUAUUCAUAGUUAUCAGCUAAUAGCAAAACUGUUAUGGUUUUAUUUGAAAAUUCUGGAGAUAGUAAAAAUGCAUUGGCAUAGAUAAGCAUACUAAGUGGUACUUAAGAUGAUGUGAGGUAACUUAGAGUUACCCCAAAUGUCUAAUCAUCCUCAACAAAAAAUCUUUAGCUGUAAAAUGUAGUAACUGAAAAUUAAUGGAUUCAUAUAGCUGUGACAUCUACUAUCGCCCAACUUAGAAUAAUAUAAUAUAAUCAUAAUCAAAAAUAAUAGUACUCAAAUCAAACGACUCUAGAAUUUUAACAAUACUAAUCUAACUAAGGAUAUCUGAAUACAAGCUUAGGAUCUAACAUAAAUGGAGCUAACAAGUUCAUAGGGUUGAUCAGAGAGUUUAGAUUAUGGGCUGAAUUGCUUUCUGACUCUAGCAUCGAAAUGUUGAGAUACAGUAAUGCAGCUCGAAGCUUUGGAUUUGCCUCAUCUGGAAGAUAAAUUUUAAUGCAUAAUUUCAGGCUAAACGAUGGGUAUGAUUAUCAAAAUCUUUAUGACUCUAUGCAAGUGAGUCCUUCUUAGACACCUUUAUAGCUUGAUGAAAAAGAUCUUGCUUUAUCAUCAUUCAAUAAUCAAGAAGAUAGUGAAUUAGUCGUGUGCCCAUAGGAAUAUUUCUAUGACGGAAUGUGCUGUCAAUUUAAUAAUAUAACUGGACUUGUUGACUUUAAUUUUACAUAUUCAUAAAGCUUGAGUAGAAUAGUUGUAUAGAUUGCUAAGCAUUCAAAUCUAACUCAGUCAAUAAAUUCUUUAUAUGGUGAUUUCAAGCUUAUCUCUGUAGGGAACAACUACAACUAAUCAUAUAUCGAUAAUGAAAUUAGAAAGCUUUUUGAAAUUAAUAAAACCUAAGGAUUUAUGAUAAACACAGCCUUAAUCAAUCCACUCUUAUUUAACAUUACUAUUGUUGGAAGAUUAUACUCUGCUUAUUCUGAGAGAAUAGUCACAGUUUAAAAGACCAUUUCUCUUAUUUGCCCUGUUUUCAAGCUAAGUCUGAAUCAAAUGGAAGUUGCCACAAACGACAUAUAUCAAUUAAGCAACAAAAUUAAUCACAUUGUUCAAUUUCAAGUCACACAAAUCUAUAAUCAAUGCUAUAAUAACGUAUCAAGAUUAGUGUCGAGUGUUAGUAUGAGUAAAGUAGCUUGGUCUUAUAAUUUAACAAAACCAACGUUUUCAUCAGCUUUUGAUAUAUCUACUAAUACAUACACUUUAACCUAGAAAUACACCGUAGCAGAUUUAAAUUCAGCUAGAUUAAUUGCAAGAAUCACAUACGGUACUGGUCAAACUUUGGAUUAUUUUGCAGAUUUAAGAUACACUUCCUAAUUAAUUGUAAUGAAUAACAACGCUUUGAGUGUAAUGUAAAAUUAACUGAUAGAUGAGAGCCUCACGAUUAGCUUAAAAGAUGUUUAAGUCGAUCCUAAUCCAGAAUUUUCUCUUAAUCCAUAAUUUAGUGUUGCUUGUCCAGCUGAAAUCUUUAAAGAUAAUCUGUGGCAAAGCUAAUUGUGCAAAAUGAGUGGUUCUAAUUUAAUAAUAGAUCUAGCAUAAUAUAGCAACUUAAAUAUCAUAUUAAGCAAAAAAUAUUAAUUUGUUUUCUUGAUUAAAAUCCAAGGAACUUAUCUAUAAAGAUUACUUACUUUAAACAUGACAUUUUACAAGGAUGGAAGUAGUAGAUAAGUAUGUCCUUAACUAAUGUAUAAAAGCAACUAUACUUAUGAUAAAGUGAAUGAUUUUAACUAUGAGAUUAAGCCUGAGCCUUUCCUCUUCUGCUAUGGAACAUUUUAUGAAAUUCUCAGUGUUUCAUGGACAACUUAUGAUCAGAUCAAUAGGAAAACUCUCAACAAUAUUUUAUAUUUGGAUCCUGAACUUCCUUUGUCGAUCUAUCUGAGGAAUAACAACACAAAUUUAAAGGCUCUAAAUGGAGGAUCUGUGCUUACUUUCAAUGGUACAUUUAAUCUAAGGCAAGUCUCUGCUACCUCUAUAUCAAAUGCAUAGAUAUAAUUUACUAAUUAGCUUGUCAAUGUCUCCUAUAAGUCAAACAAUAUUGUCCCAGUAAUAAAUAUGCUUUCAUUUUCAAAGCAAGCUAUCACAAACAGAUAAAUUGGUUUCCUUGAGCCUAAUGUUACGUUAGAUGGAUUUUAGUCUUACGAUCCAGACAACUCAACUGCUCAACUAUGGUUUUCUUGGUCUUGCCCCUCUCAAAUAAGUAAUUGCUCAAGCAUGUAAACAGGAACAAGAAGUAGUCAAUUAGUUAUAGACAUUUGGACAAGAUUUAGAGCUAAAUUUUAGUAUAAUACUAAUUACACGUUUAAAUUGACAGUUUGGUCUAAAGAUAACACAUUUAAAGCAGCUCAGACUCUUGAUUAUCCUGUGAUGUUUUCUAAUCCUAGUCCUUCAGAUACUAAUAUAGUGCUGAAAACUACAAAUUGUGAGGCUCUUGACCUACUAUCAUUAGGAGGUGAUAAUACAAUAUUUAGGAUGAAUAAUUCUUUUGAUAGAGUUUUAGUUUUUACAAGAGCUAAUUACUCUUAAGUUUAAUUUAAUGCAUCAGUAAAGAUUGAUAAUGGAAUUUUAACAUAGAAAUCACCUUGCGGAAAUGUUAAUAUCACCAGCUAACUGUUGAUGUUUUACCCAGGAGAUGAUAUUUUAAGUAGUAAUUAAGGGCCUGUUUAAUUGAGCUACAUUGAGAGUCCUUUCAACUUCCCAAGAGCUUAAAAUAUCACUUUAUCUUUGAAUGAUUUUUCAAAUCUAGGUAAAGCUGGUCCUUCAAGAAUGUAUAAUGCUUCUAUUUACUAAGUAAUUUAAAGAUAAUCAAGGACAUUUGUAAAUGUUUAAACCAUUUAUUUCCAGAGAUUAAGAGCUAAUCUAGUUAUUUAAUUGGACUUUGAUGAGAUUGAAGUUGAUAAGUUUGGUUAUUUGAUCAUAAAUGCUACUAAGACUUUUGACUCAGAAACUGAUAUUGCUGCUAAGAAAUACAACUAUACAUGGACUUGUCCAUUGAUCAAUCAAAACUGUUCAAAGUUCACUUCCUCUAUCUUAAAUAUUUCAGCUACUGACAGAAGCAUAGUGAGUGCAAAUGCUGUUGGAUCAUCAUUAAUUUAUACAGUCUAAGCAACUGAUAGUGUUUUGAAUCAGUAAAGUGAUGUGUAUUCUAUUUAAGUGCAAAUAACUGAGAAAUCAGACUAUUCAGAAUGUAUAAUAACUUCUAUAAAUAGGCAUUUUGAUAACGCAAAUAACAACACUAUUUAUAUAGAUUACAAUUCAAGAUACAAUACCAUAAUUACAAUGUACACUAAGUCUUUUUGCAAUGGUGGUGUUAAUUUGAGGGAACCAAUUUGGGAAAAUUCAAAUAAUUAAUCUGAUAUUUUUUGGUCCGCUGACUCCUCGAGCAAAUACAAGAUAAUUAUUUAGCCUGCUUCCCUUUAAAAUUAUACAUCAAAGCCUCUCGUUAUUUCAUUUGUGUAAAGAUUAACAAUGGGAGCUGAAACAAAAGUGUAUCAGUAUCAAUCAUUUGUCAACAUUGUAAUUAACCCACCUAAAAUCAUUCCUAAAGCUUCAGGCUAAUUCAUCUAUUUUGAUGGAAUUGAUGAAAACAUUGUUUUGGACGGGUCUAAGUCUCAAGAUCCUUGGAAUUAAUCAUUUACUUGCUCUUGGUAAUGCCCUCUAUUAUUCGAUUAAAAGUAUUGUUCAACCAAUCUAUGUUAAUUCAAUAUUUCCCUUUCUGAUAUAAAAGCAGACAUUGGUGAUGAUUAAUUCUAAAAUGCUAUAGGAUUGACAUAGCUAUUUACUUUAACUGUAAUAUCAGUAGAUAAUAAGAGAACAGCAUCCACUCCUUGGAGUAUCUAUAUCACAAAUUAAUAAUAAAUUGCUUUUGAUGAUCCUCAAAUUAGAAAUUGUUAAAUUAAGACAAUGCUUAAUAACGGGAAAUUUGUAAUUGAGAGAAUAAAUUCAUUCAAACUAGACUGUGGUACUUCUUCAGUUGAUUUAACAAAAAUUUGGAAUAACUAUGAUUGGACUGUUGAUGGAUUAAUUUCUGAUAGUGAUUAUUAAGUUUAAGAUAAUAUUCUCACAAUUUAUCCGUAUACUGCUGCUCUUAUUGAUAGUCACUAUUUAAAUGUUAGCAUUAAUGUAAAACUUGUCAAUUCUACAAGAAGAACAUUGCAAAUGACUGACUAGUAAUUCUUCAACUAACUUAAAAUAUUCAUACCUACUAGAGAGACAAAUUGGAAUAUUUAAGGUACUGUAUAAAUUAUAUGCAAUGACGAUUAAUUCAAAUUCUAUACGAGUAACUUUACAUUUAAAUUCAUCAACUUUACAUAUGAUUCUCGAUUAUAUUUCUAACUUAGAGAAUAUUCCAAGCCAAAUUUAGACUAAUAAGUUCUUAUACCAUUGAAGCCUUUCACUGCUGAAUAUGUUAAUCUCUAUUAUAAAAAUUUUACCUUACCGGAUACAGAGCAUUUAAUUAUAGAUUUCUACGAUUAUAGUGAAGUAUAUGUUUAAUCAAUAGAACUUAGUCAAGAUCCAGUGAUUCUCAAUAUGACUUAAAAUAAUUAAUCCGGUUCUUAUUUGUUUAACGAUUUCGAUAAAAAGAUAUUCCCAUUAAUCUAAAAAGCAUGGAAUUUCCCGACAACACAAGAAGGAUUAGCUGUGCUUCAUUCAGAUUAUUUUUAACUUAGCGUGUUGAUAGAGAUGCUAGAUAAUGAUAUGGUAUUUGGAGCUUAGACAUUUGUCUUUAGUAACUAUGCUUAAGCGAUACUGGCUUAUUUAAGGCUUAACCUAGAUGCAUAACUUGGACAAUUCGAUCCUUCAGUAUCAAUAGACUCAGCUUAGUCUUAUCAUAUGAUAUAGAAAAGAGUGCUUUUAAUUAUUUAUAGACUUAUAGGUAUGGGAUCAAAAGUAGAGGAAAAAACUUUGUCUAGUCUGAAUGUUUUGAAUUCUUGUGUCACAGAUUAUGAUAAUUUAGUUAGCUAGAGUGAAAAUCCAGAGCUAAUUAGGACUGUUGUAUUAUAUAUUCAAACAGCUCUCAAGAUAUAGCUAGUUGAUUUAUCUAUAGGAAAUAAACAGUAAUACUUUGGAGAGCUUUCCUAGAUAACAUAGCAAGUUACCUAAAAUGAUAUUAAAAAAUCAGAUGAAACAGAAGAAUAAGUAAUAACUGUGAAUACUGAAUCAAAUAGCAGAACGAUUUUUAAAGUAUAAGAUUCGAAUUUAAAUUAACUUUAAAUCACUAACGGUCUUAAUAAUCAGGAGAAAGUAUAUCUACCUUCAAAAGAUCUGCUUUAAUAACUAGGAAUCAGUCAAAUAAUUGUAAACUUCUAAAAAGAAUUAAAUGAAAGCUCUUUAGCUCAAACAUCAAUAGACAUCACUGCUUUUGAUAAUGGUUAGAAAUCUAUUGCUGUAAAUAUGAGCGAUCAGCAAUCAAGUUUUGACAUUAAUUUUUACCUGAAUCAAAAUGUUAAAACUAUAAUUAAUAAAAACAAUAACAAUAAAAGCUCAUUGUUUGACUUUAAAGCCUAUUGUGUCUAUUAUAUGGAUGGAACUGGUAAAUGGUCAAAUUAAGGUAUAAAGACAAAUCAACUUUCUGAAAAUAUUAUUCAAUGCUAAUCAACUCACCUAUCGUAAUUCUCAGUAGUUUACACGAGAGUCGAUAGGACUAAAGUAAUUAUUGAUGAUGGGAACAAAACAGAUAACAACACAUAAUAGCCAAAAGGAAUAGAUGAAUCUAAAUAUUACUAAGAAAAUGAGGGUGCAUAUAUUGCCGCAAUUCUAAUUACUGGGUUAAUCCCUUGGAUAUGUAUUGCUUUUGCACUUUGUCAUAAGUAUCAGCCAGAUAAGCAAGUAAUGAUUAAGAAUAGAAUUCAGCACUCUGCUUGCAAAAUAUUUUGGAACUGCCUCAAAAUAUAUCAUCCACUAUUUUCAAGUUUCUUUAGUCUAAAGAACUCAUUCUAUGCAAUUCCUAAAAUUUAUCACUUCCUUUCACUAUGGAUCUAUGUUUUUGCUAUAAUUCUGACAACUCUAAUAGCAGUGAUAUCCAUUAAUGAUCCAAAGUAAAAGAAUGUAAUUGCUGUGGUGAUUAUUGCAAUAAUAAUAGAAGUGGCAUUUUCAAUUUUUAAGCCAAUUUAUAACUACUUGAUAUACCAGAUGUAUUACAAGAAUGAAUAAGAGCCAGCAUAAAAGGAUAAUAACAAUCAGCAACAACUUACUGAAAGGCAAAAGAGAAAGCUUUAACAGUAAUAAAAUAAUCAAGCAUCACCUAACUCUAGAAAUAGAGCUAAGAACACUUAAAGAUAAGAUAUCUCAAGUAGACUUAAGAAUAGAUAGAAUCGGUAUUUAGAUGACAAAUAGGAUUUAGAAGGAGGAGAUACUGAAAGUUUAGAAGACGAAGAAUCAGAUUAAUAUGAUUAAUCUUCUCAGGAAGCGUAAUACAGAAAUCAAAGCGAUUUGCACUCCUUGAAUAAUAAUACAGUACAAAGAGGAUUUGAGGAAACCAAACUUGAUCUGAAUAGAAACAACUUUGCUGAUUUGUAGUAGUAUUCUUAAAUAGGCAAAAAGCAUCUCAAGCCCCUGGAUAUCGAAAUCGAUCAUGAUAACAACCAAGACUCUCCAAGUAGUUUCUCUGAUACACCGAGAAAGAUAAUUACACCCGCCACUCAUAAAGGAGUUAACAUCAAUCUUUAAGAUACUGCAAACCAAGAUAAGUCCGAUUAAAAACUCCAGUAAAAUGAAAAAUAUGGCCCGCAUGAAGCAAUAAAUAUUAUGAGUAUGGGGGCUAGACAGUUAUCAAUUGAUAACUACAACGAUUUUGACAAAUUAGAUAACAUCAAUUCCCAUAGAAGUUUACCCUCACACAGAGCUUAACCUGAAGUCCAAACUUAGAGAUUAGAGCAUUAAGUAAAAAAGGAUUAAGCGAUAGAGAUUAAUGAUAUUGAGGUAUUGUAUGAGAAUGAACACAAUUUUAAAGGUUCUCGCUGUUGUCUCUUGAUAAUUCAAAUAAUAAUCCUGGCAUUUUUAAUGAUCGUAACAUUUAUUGUAAUGAGAGAACUAACUAAAACAGAUUUAUUUAACUGGAUCGAAACGAAUAUUGCUAUUGUCAUAAUACUUGUGAUUGUGAUUGAUAUUUUCAGAAUACUAGUAUUCAGUAUGAUUUAUAGCGGAAAAUAGCCAGAUAUUAGAAAAGCUAGAUGCGCAGCACUAAUAUUUUUGGGAAAUAUGAACUAUUAAGCUCUCAAAUCACUUAAUAAUGAGUUGUUCCAAUGA